UGCAUUCCAAUGGUUUUUCUUGUUGCUAAAGAUUUUGGGACUCGGACGGGUUUCUUUUUUGCCCUUCUCUACCCAGAGAGGGUCUCAGGAAUCAUAACUAUGGGUGUGCCAUUUGUGCCCCCUGGUCCCUUUGAAUUCGGCAAAAACCUUCCUGAAGGUUUCUACAUGUCAAGGUGGAAGGAACCUGGACGAGCUGAAGCUGAUUUUGGCCGGUUUGAUGCUAAAACUGUUGUGCGGAACAUCUACAUUCUCUUCUCCAAAAGUGAAAUACCAAUAGCAGGAGAAAACCAAGAAAUGAUGGAUUUGGUGGAACCGUCUACUUCUCUGCCCACUUGGUUCACGGAGGAAGAUCUUGAAGCGUAUGGAGCUUUGUACAAGAAAUCUGGAUUCCUCACUGCCUUGCGAAUUCCUUACAGGUCUAUCGAAGAAGAGUUCAACUUUCCAAACAUGAAAGUUGAAGCUCCGACAUUACUGAUCAUGGGCGAGAAGGAUUAUUUUGUCAAAUUUCCAGGAGUGGAGGACUACAUAAGGAGCGGACAAGUGAAAGUGUUUGUCCCUGAUUUGGAGAUAACAUACUUGCCUGAAGGCAGUCAUUUCGUUCAGGAGCAACUCCCCAAUGAGGUGGACCAAAUAGUCCUUACCUUCCUCAAGAAGCAUAGUUGUUGAUUUCAAACAUUUGUUGUUGUCAUUUGAAGUGUGUUGAAAGGUUUGGUUUGGAGCUCAGGAAUACUGUUUGGUCACAUAUCAGUAUGCCAAUUUGUGACAUGAAUAAUUAAAGGUAAAUUACACCAACCUCCCCUCAGAUUUAGAGAAAACACAAGCUUUACAGUUUUGCAAUAAUUACAUUGAGUUCUUUUUAAUGGUUUCGCCACUUUUCAUCUAUAAAUCGUUAGUAAUAUGAUGGAAAAUGAUGUUGUCAUCUGUUUUACACCAAAAUGUUUAUUUUUCUUUAUUGAUCCUUAUAUUUUCAUACCAUUUGCAUUCGUUUUGGUCCA